AAAAACAUUGAAAAAGAAGUACAAUGCACAAACUAAGAAUGGAAAAAAGAGAAGAAUACUGAAUUAAACCAAUUGACGAAAAAGAACUAAGGCACACUGUGAUACUCGUAUGAAAGAAAAAUUUGAAGAGAUUUUUCGUGAAGAAUAAACUUAAAAUCUAAAGAAAACUUGUGUUUUAAAAUUUUUUAUAAUAUUUUCAUUUCAUAUCAAAUUGUAAAAUUUUCACAUAAAAGUAUUUAAAAAAAAUAGGAGUCAUUUUACAAAACCCAUUAGUUCUUUCUUCUUGUAAUUAACAAGAAGAAAAUUUCAAUUAAAAAACAAAAUUGAUUCAGUUUUGUAUAUGCGGAUUAUUUCCAGUUUUUAGAAUAGAAAUGAGUGAAUAGAAAUAUUUGUAAAUUAUUAGAAUAAAAAAUCAUUAAGUUAAGUGAAUAAUAAUAUAGCGUAAAUAAAUUAUGUUCAAAAUUUUUAAAUUAUCUUUAACUAAAAAUUGUAAAACAAAAACAAAAUUUUUUUCUUUAUAACAAAAGAAGCAGAAGAACAAAUAGACUUUCAAAGUCAUCUUAAGGAUAAAUAAUGAAGUGCCAAGUACCAAUAAGAUAUAAAUAAACAUAACUUAUAUAUUACAACUACAAAUUAGUAAAAAUAUGUGGGUGUAUUUAUAGAAAAUCCCGGCAAAAUGAAGAUAGCAGUUUCAAAAUUACUUGCAAGAUUGUUAUUAUUGAUAACCACGAUAACGAUACUAUCUCUUUUGGCUCUUUCGAAUUGUAAUAUAAGCGGAUAUGAUAAAGAAGAUGAAAAUGGUUCUAGAAAACAAAGUAGUUCUUAUGAAAAUGUACAUUCUCCUCAAGCUCAUCAGCAUAAUUUGAGGAAUUUCGACCUCUAUGGGGAUCAAAAAGACUGUGUGGAGUCAUUGAAGUUGAAAGACGAAGAAUAUAGACAAGAAUUAAAUAAACUAAAAUUUGAAAUAAAGUAUUUAAAACGAAAAAUACUUGAAUUAAAAACAAAAGCGAAAAAUAAUUUUAAUACUACUACAAAUUCUUUUACUCAAACGAACAAUUAUUCAAUUCUAUCAUUAUCACCAUUAACGUCAUUACCAUUAUCCUCAUUAUCGUCAACAAUAACAACGAUUGCAUCAUCAUCAUAUGACUGCACAAAUUAUAUUCGCAAACAAGUUGGCAAUGCAGAAAUACUUCGAGGUCUUCCAUUAAAUAAUGAAUAUGAGCUAAUACCAUUUAAUCAUUUUACUUUUAAUAGAGUUUAUCCAAUUGAAUUAGGGUUAGGUAAAAGAGUUGUAGAAAAGCCGAUUGGUUACAAACGUAAAGAUUUACUAGAGGCCUUGAAUAAGGCGAUUGAAAGUCUGAAUAAGAAUGUCAGUUCUUUAGUGUAUAAUAAUAAUUAUAAUAAUAACAAUAAUAAUAAUAAUAAUAAUAAUAAUAAUAAUAAUAAUAAUAAUAGUAAUAAUCACAAGAACAAUAAUAAUAAUAGUUAUAAUAUAAAUAAUAGCUUUACACAGAAAUAUACAUUGGAUGAUUUUAUCGAAGGUAUUUAUAGAACUGAACAAACGACAGGUACCCAAUUCGAACUGUUUUUUCGUAGUAAAAUGUUUAAUCAGUAUCAUCAUCGCAACGUGGGAAAUGGAGGAAAUGGUGCUGAUAACGGUCAUGAUAGUAUUCAGGGCGGUGGCAAUUCAAAUCCACCAGAUUUUGGGCCGAAUGGAGGAAAUACGGCAAAAGUAAUUUUAAUGAGACCUUUUGCUCCACUGCAGACAAUAAAAAUGGAAAUGUAUUCCAAAGUACAUGAUAAAGAAAUAAUUCAUAUAAUAUUACCAUUAUCAGGAAGGACGGCAACCUUUCAAAGUUUUAUGGACAAAUUUGUUAAAAUAGCUUUAAAAAAUGAUAAACGUGUGCAUUUAACUGUAGUAUAUUUUGGUGAAGAUGGAUUAUCCGAAGCGAGAACAAUAAUGAGCAGAGUGCUAACUAUGAAAAACAGUGGAGGUAACUCAUCAAACCUUAAAUUAUUGGCUUUGAAUGAAACUUUCUCUAGAGCAAAAGGACUACGUGUAGGUGCCGAAAGAAUUUGGGAAAUUGAAGAUAAAAAUAAAGACGUAUUACUUUUUAUGUGCGAUGUCGAUAUUGUUUUUAGUGCAAAGUUUCUAGACAGGUGUCGUUGGAAUACGCAACCUGAAAAAAAGGUUUAUUAUCCAGUCGUUUUCAGUUUGUAUAAUCCACAUGUGGUUUAUACUUUACAAGGCAAAGAAAUUCCACCUGAAACUGAUCAAUUAGUAAUUUCAAGAGACACUGGUUUUUGGAGAGAUUUCGGUUACGGAAUGACUUGUCAAUAUAGAUCAGAUUUUUUGAAAAUUCGAGGUUUUGAUGAGGAAAUUAUUGGCUGGGGUGGGGAAGAUGUUAUGCUGUACAGAAAAUACGUUCGCUCAAAUAUAAAAAUCAUAAGAGCUACAGAUCCAGGGAUAUUUCAUAUUUGGCAUCCGAAAGUUUGCACUGGAAUUAUAAAUGGGCAGCGUUUGACAGCUGAUCAAUACAGAGCAUGCAUUCGUUCAAGAGCUUUAAAUGAAGCAUCACAUGCCCAAUUGGGAUUUCUGGCUUUUCGGGAUGAUAUUGCUGCAGACAGUGGGAAACAUAUUCCGUUAUCAGUAGUUAAAAAUUUAAACAUAAAAAACUAUGCAGUAUCAAAUUCAUCUAAAAUUAUAGAACCGUUAGAAAACACAACGCAAAAACAAGUGAAGAAAAACACUUGAUCGUUUGUUUUGCAACAAGAAAGUUUUUGGAAAGUUGAAUUUUGAAAGCCUAAAAAUUUCUAUUCACACACAAAAUGCUUAGAUUUAAUUGAAUAUAGGUACAUUUUACUAAAUUAAAAUUAUAAUAUAGGAGAAAUUACUAUGAGGAAUUUAAUAUAUUUAAUAAGAAAGUAUAUACAUACAUAUAAACGUGUUCACAUAUAUGUGCAUAAGUAUGUGUGUGUAAUGUGCAUGUGCAAGAUCACCUUAAUGUUGGCUACAUAUUUAAUACUGUUAAUAUUUGGUUGAAUUCGCAUUUGCAGUUUUAACCAAAGUAUUUUAUUUAAUAAGUAAUUCUACUCGUUCCAAGCCGUUAGUUUUCGUUUGCUUGCCACCUCCACUAUCCUCAAAAUAUUUCAUUUUUAUUAAGAAAUAGAUAGGUAAUAAGAGUUGUGUAGCAAAGAAAGAAACAAAAUAUGGUAAACAAACGAGUUUAUCAAAAAUAGUCAACUCAAAUAAAAUUAAAUUAAA